UGUCACGUGGAGGCCCGAAGCCAAAUGUCAGGUCAAGAAUCAGAGUCCUUGGUUUUCAAGCCAAGAAAAUGAAAAUGACCCACCUUUUUAGUCCCACAAGGUAGCCGUUAGGCCUCUGCUUCACAUUUACAGUUCCUUCUACCAUGCCUAUACCAAAGUUGUUAUUCGGCUAUUCUAUUUAUUUGAACUCGGUUUCCACAAUCGAAACAGGGAACAGAUAGAGCCAAGCCAACCAUUUGAAUUUGAAAACAAGUAAAGACAAAAUGUACCCAAGGGUGACAGUGAGGGCACAAGAAGAAGAUGAUGAUCAUUUCCCACCCCCAAACGACUGUCAAUCCUCUCUGUUUUUGAGGCUCAUCGAAUCUCUAUCUAAACAAGAAAAGGAGAACCAAAUCGAUUCCCCACCUUCAAUUGCCAGAAUCACGAAGGCUUUUGUCACCAGUCCAGCUACAACAUCGUUAUCUGCAUCCGAAGAUGCUGGAGCAGUUAAGCGCAACAAGCAGAUUGGCAAGGAUACCAAAUCAAAUGCAAAAGCUAAUUCAAUUCCACCUCCUCGAGCUGUGUUGUCCAGUCCUGAUAAUGAUGGGAUAAUUGGAAGCAGAAACAAGUUAAAUUAUGCAAGAUCUUCAGCUUCGAAAAAGCGUCCACCUGAACAGAUAAAGCCAGCCGGCCGCCAAACCUACAAAAAUCUUAACCGGAGUCCAAAUGUAACACAAAGUUCUCCCAACAUUAGGAAAGGGCCCAAGAGUGAAUAUGGUAGUCUUGCUGGAAGGAUGCGGAAGGACCCUUUGAAGCCAGUAGUCCCAAGGCAGAAAGCACAUACUGGGGAUGGAAAAUCAAGCUCUCUUGGAAGUUAACAAUUGUACGGUCAUGUUCUUGCUGCUAUUUCUGGAAUGUAAAUUGGUUUGCUUCGUGAAUCCUAACGAGUAUUACUUGAUUGUAUACAUGCAAAGAUUAGGUGCCUCAUCCUUCCUGUUCCAGUUGUAUUCCGCCUUAUUGCUUCCAUCAAUUAGCAUGAAAAGGAAGAACUGGCGAGCCUAGUGAAUUUCUUCUGAUUUUCUUUCACUUUGUCCAUCUUGUUAAGGAUAUUUUUACUCGGAAUUAAUUCUGAAAAUAUCAUAAUGGCCAAAUCAAUGACAAAACAUAAAAAAAAAAAAAAAAGUUGCAAAGGAAAUUGGUGGGAUACUGGAAUUGGAGGUUAGAUCAACUUAUCUU